AUGGCCGCCUUAUCGACAACUCUCCCCCUAAACCGCGACUCAGUCUUCUGGGCGCACAAAGUCGUCAAGAAUCACGUCCAUCGCACCCCAGUCGUGACCAAUCAGACGCUCUCCGAGCUUGCAUCGACACCAAGAGCGGUUGAAGACUUGGAGGGCACUCGAUUCGCCGGAAGGACACCCGCAAAACCUACCCUGAGAUUGUGGUUCAAGUGCGAGAACUUGCAGCGCAUCGGAGCCUUUAAAGUGCGCGGGGCGUUUUAUGCGCUUCACAAGUUGACUGAGGAGCCCGGAUGGUUGGAGGGAGGCGGAAAGGAAAAGGGCGUAGUGACGCAUAGCUCUGGAAAUCAUGCACAGGCUCUCGCCCUCGCAGCCAGGGAAAACGGCAUCAAGGCUCACAUUGUCAUGCCCGAAAUCUCCAUCCCGGCCAAAAUUAACGCCACAAAGGGCUACGGCGCCAACGUCGUCUUCAGCGGCAGCACCAGCGUCGAACGUGAAGCCGUCACCGAAAAGGUCAUUGCCGAGACCGGUGCACGGCUGGUCCCGCCUUAUGACCACCCCGACAUCAUGCUGGGCCAGGGAACCCUCGGACUGGAACUCCAGGAUCAAGUCGAAAGCAGCAUUGCCUCAUCAGUCAACUCUGCUGGGCAGACCUUGAGGGGCGUGUAUGCCGCCUCGGCGAACAAGAAAAAGGGCAAUGUGCAAGGACUCGACGCCAUCAUCACUCCCUGUGGCGGCGGAGGCAUGCUCUCUGGCGUGGCCCUGAGUUGCGAGGGCACCGGCAUCCGCGUCUUCGGAGCCGAGCCUUCGUUCCAGGGAGCUGACGAUGCCAAGCGAGGAUACGAGUCGGGCGAACGUGUCCCAACCGUGUCUUCACUCACUGUUGCUGACGGACUGCGAACGCCAUUGGGCGUGCACCCCUGGAGCGUCAUCUACGAGCGGCGUCUCGUGAGCGGCAUGUUUAGCGUGACGGAUGAAGAGAUUCUCAAGGCGAUGAGGCUUGUGUAUGAGCGGAUGAAGCUGGUGGUUGAGCCGAGCGCAUGUGUUCCGCUGGCUGUUGCGCUGUUUGACGAGGAUUUCAGAGCGCUUGCGGAAAAGGAGGGUGGCGUAGAGGGAUGGGAUUUGGGCCUUGUGUUUAGCGGCGGAAAUGUUGCUGUUGAUUCACUUGGAAAGCUGCUCGCCGGAGAGAAAUAA